AUUCGAUGAUUGUAUACUGCGCAAACCAGUCGUCAUGAAGUGUAGAAAAUAUUUGGUGUUGUUUUCAUUUUUUGUUAUGAAUUCAGCUGGACAGCCAGUUCCUAAUGUGACCAUCGAACAAGGCGUACUCACCGGUAAAAUCAGCAAAGACGGGAAGUUCUUUGAAUACGUUGGUAUACCAUACGCUACCACGAAUAUUAGCGGUAGAUUCCAGGCACCACAGCCGCCUCCAAAAUGGGAUGGAGUAUUUAAAGCAGUUGACGAGUUCAUCCAAUGUCCUCAACCAACAGCUUUCGGCGUUGUAGGAACAGAAGAAUGUUUAAGCAUUAAUGUUUAUGCACCGACUGGGGCAAAGGGACCUUUGCCAGUCAUGGUCUAUGUACAUGGCGGCGCUUUUCUUCUGGGUAGUGGAGGAAAAAUACUCCUUGGUGCAGAUUUCUUAGUGAAACAUGAUGUUAUUUUAGUAACGUUUAACUACAGGCUUGGUAUUUUCGGAUUCCUUUGUUUAGAUAUUAAAGAAGCACCCGGCAACGCAGGUUUGAAAGAUCAAAUAGCUGCUUUGAAGUGGGUCCAAAAAAAUAUAGCUGCUUUUGGUGGAGAUCCUGACAAUGUUACCCUCUUUGGUCAUAGCGCUGGAGCUACAUCUGUUUCUUUUUUACUAGCUAGUAAAGCUACUGAAGGAUUAUUCCACAAAGCCAUUAUGCAAAGUGGAUCCUCUAUAGCGAACUGGGGAUUGCAGCUAGACCCAAUUAUGAUAGCAUCAGAAACAGCUAAGGAACUAGGCCAUGAUUCUAAAGACCCUCAAGAAUUAUACGACAUAUUUGCAAAAACUCCAUACAAAGAGUUGAUAAAUGUCACCGUUGGGAAACCCCUUGGUCAACUUUUAAUUUCGAAUUUAUUACAUUUACCUUGCAUCGAGAAAGUCUUCCCCGAUUCGGAACCCGUCAUAACUGACCUACCUAUAAAUUUACUAAAAAAUGCACCGAAGAACAUUUCGGUGAUCUACGGCUCGAAUGAUAAAGAAGGACUGUUUUUUGUAUCAGAAGUUACGAAUGAAACGUUAGCUGAAAACAACAAAUUAAAAAUAACAGGGUCUGAUUUCAAAUUUUCGUCAGAUCUAGAAACUGAUGAGGUUACAUCGAAAGUUAAAGAAUUUUAUUUUGGAGAAAAUACCAUAAGCUGGGAAACAAGAAUGAUUUUAUCUGAUUUCUACACUCACUUGUACUUUGAGAUGCCAGUCAUAAUGGAAUCUGAGAUGAUAUUAUCGCAAACAAAUGCCUCUGUUUACAAUUAUUACUUUACCUACUCCGGAGGAAGAAAUAUGGUCAAACAAAUUUCAGGAUUUAGAGACGUAAUUGGCGCCUGUCAUGGCGAUGACAUACUAUAUUUCUUUCAAGCAUAUGUUUGGCCGUUUGAAAUCAGCGAAAAAGACAAAAUCAUGAUUGAUUGGAUGACUAAAAUGUGGACGAAUUUUGCAAAAUACGGCAACCCCACUCCACAAUUCGAUGAAACACUUCCAACAUGGAAAGCAAGCAGCAAAGACAACUUAAACUUCCUAUACAUCGGCGAUGAAUUGAAAAUGGGAUCGUUGCCUAACGAAGGACCGUACACUUUCUGGAAAGAUCUGUACUCCAAAUAUCGCAGAACUAAUUUGUUGUAAGAAACACAAACUUUGGGAGGCAGUUAUAUAAAGAAGCUAACAUAGUAAAACAUUAUAUUUAAAACAAAGGGUUUGCAUAUGCUACAACCAUGAGCGCUACCGUAACAGAGUGACAAAGAAAUUAAUAAUAAGAACAGAAGAAAGUCAGAUAUUAAGGCUAAGUAAAAUACUAAGAUUUCCCGGUCAACGCUAUUUAAGAUUCAAGAACAAAAUUAUUUCACAAACCUUUAUAUAAAUAGCCCUUUCGCAAGUGAAGUGAUUGAUACGUUUGAGAAUAGCAUAUUUAAUUUUGUGUUUUUGACAUUAAAAAACAAAUAACUGUGAUUUACAAACUUGAAUUAAACAAAAUUACUUGAGCAGGUAAUCUUAUGUUUUGCUACACAGAAAAUGUAUGGGUGAUACGUUUUUAUGACUGCAAGCUUAAGUUGGCAGCAUGCAAAAAUUGGAUGCCGAAUACAAUUAUUUUAAUUUUCGUUCGUAA